UUCUACUAUUUUAUAGUUAGUUCCUCUAAACUAAAGUUAGCCCGAGCUUAGUUAAUCAGCACUUAGUCAGGACCUCCAUACUAAGUGUAGAUUAUCUCUUGUUGGUAUUCUGAUAGCAAGGUCUAGCUAACCCUCAGACUAAGUCUAGACUAAAUCUUAAUCCGAGCUUAAUGUUCAACCACAGAUUAUUCACCAUGGUGAUGUAGUCUGCUUCUACUGCGCAUGCUCAGUUGAUCUAUAGCGUAUCGUUGUAUCGUCUGCUCUCAUCUCCCAAGAUGGCUUCACAUACUUCCAAACCAAGAGGUCCAAGGUCCGCUAAUUGGACAGCGGACGAAAAGAAUUGUCUCCUUCAACUAGUUUCAGAAAGAGUGCAUAUCGUGGAAUCCAAGAGGAAUGACUUCGAAACUGUGUCGAGCAAAUCAAGUGCAUGGGAUGACAUUUCCGAAAAAUUUCAUGCCCGAUACGUUCGACAAGGGGGGGCAAAAUCAUGUUUGGAACAGUGGAAAAGGAUGAAGCAAACUGCCAAGACAGAAUGGAGCCAUUAUAGACAGGCUAUAAUGAAAACAGGAGGAGGUCAAGUGGAGGCAAAAAUCUCUCAGAUGACCUCCGUCCUGCGGGACAUCAUCCCAAACGAGUUCAAGCAGAUACACAAUCCUUUUGAUGACGAUGCGUCGGUGACGCAAUACAAUGAUGAAGCAGUGUCUGCCCUAGAGUAUCUUGGAGGAGCCCCGAAACAGGCGAAAGUGAUACAUCUAUCUCAGGAGUUCGAAAUCACCUAUUCUGACGACAACCCUGAGUUCAUCGGACGUCAAGAGACUAAAGAACAACACACUGUCACUCCCUCUCUCCCAAGUCAUCAUCUUAAUGAGACCACUACCAUCUGCAACUCUGCAUCAACAUCAACAAGCAACCAAGCACUUCCUUCCCCAUGGACAAAAUCUAAGAGACAGAGAAGUGAGAGAACACCAACUCCUUCCCCCCAUCCUGAGUCAUCCUUGGAAGAACAACACACUGUCACUCCCUCUCUCCCAAGUCAUCCUCUUAAUGAGACCCCUUCCAUCUGGAACUCUGCAUCAACAUCAACAAGCAACCAAGCACUUCCUUCCCCAUGGACAAAAUCUAAGAGACAGAGAAGUGAGAGAACACCAUCUCCUUCCCCCCAUCCUAAGUCAUCCUUGGAAGAAGUGAUGAAAGACUUGGCGCUGCAGGAGCACAACACCAAAAUACAACACAUGGAGAAAGAACAUUCUCUCAGAGUAGAAAUCCUCGAACUCGAGAAGAAAGUACUGUUGAAGAAAAUGGACCAACUGAACUGCCAACUUGAAAUAUAGUUGUGUUUGGUUCGUUUGGCAACUGCAUCAUUUGAUCUUUCAUAUAGACAUUAAAGGGGUAAUAAU